CGGCUUGAGUUGUUUCUACUCUCCAGAGUGUCAGCUAGUUAUUUGUGGGGAGGCGCUGUAGCCAUUUCGCCACAUGAAAGCCCGAUGAGCUGAACGAGCAACAUCCGAGUUGUUCGUGGAGAAGCAGAAAUCAGCUUUGAGGAGCUCUGCGCGCACACACGUACGCGAACUUUGCGCGCAGAAGACGCACAGCGCUCACACACUCACACUUCCUCUCUAUCCACCGUGGAAAAAGAGAGAGAGAGAAAGAGAGAGAGGGGGGGAAUAGAGAGAAGACGCACGAAACUUCCAACUCUCCCAUGUGAAAAAGAGAGGUUUGAAGAUAAGGUGUAUUUUUCCCCCUCGGACCUCCUUUCCUUCCCCAUUCCUCUCUCUCUCUUUCUCUCUCUCUCAGUUCUUUUGCCGGGAUAUUUGUGUUUCUAUGAGAGCCUCUCUCGGCGAGAAGAGAAGUUUGGUUGUUUGCCUGGUCGGCUGAGGAGGAGGAGGAGGAGAAGAGUCUGUUUAAAAGAUGGUCCACAACGCCGCUUGGAGAAGAGGCUUGCUAUGCGUCCUGGCGCUCUACCUCGGCUUUGCGUCCCCGCCGUGCAAAGCUCGGAUUUACACCAACCAUUGGGCAGUCAGGAUAGCCGGGGGACCCGAGGUGGCUGACCGGAUAGCGGAAAAAUACGGCUAUAGAAACAUGGGACAGAUUGGGGAUCUCAGAGACCACUAUCACUUCUUCCAUAGUCGGACUAUUAAGAGGUCGACUUUGUCCAGCCGUGGUCGCCAUAGUUUCAUUUCCAUGGAGCCUAAGGUGGAGUGGAUACAGCAGCAGGUGGUGAAAAGGAGGAUCAAGAGGGAUUUCAAACAGGCCCCGCUCCUUUCGCUGUCAAGCCCCGCCCACAGCAGCCCAGCCCAAAACAACAUAUUCUAUAAUGACGCCAAGUGGAACAGUAUGUGGUAUAUUCACUGCAACGAUGACGUCCAUAAUUGCCAGUCGGAUAUGAACAUCAUGGGAGCGUGGAAGAGGGGCUACACGGGUAAAGAUGUGGUGGUGACCAUAUUAGAUGACGGGAUCGAGAGGAACCACCCAGACCUCUAUCAGAACUACGACCCUCAGGCAAGCUAUGAUGUCAACAGCAACGAUGUGGAUCCCAUGCCUCGAUAUGAUGCGACCAACGAGAACAAACACGGCACACGGUGUGCGGGUGAAGUUGCUGCAGCUGCAAACAACUCCCACUGCAUUGUGGGAAUUGCCUACAAUGCCAGAAUAGGAGGUGUGCGAAUGCUGGAUGGAGAUGUAACGGACAUGGUGGAGGCCAGAUCUCUUAGCUUGAACCCACAGCACAUCGACAUCUAUAGUGCCAGCUGGGGACCCGAUGAUGACGGAAAGACCGUGGAUGGACCAGCAACUCUGGCCAGGCAGGCCUUUGACAAUGGCAUCCGCACGGGGAGAAAGGGCCGCGGCUCCAUCUUUGUAUGGGCUUCAGGAAACGGCGGGCGCAGCAGAGACCACUGCUCCUGUGACGGCUACACCAAUUCCAUCUACACCAUCUCCAUCUCCAGCACGGCUGAGAGCGGACGCAAGCCCUGGUAUCUGGAGGAGUGCUCGUCUACACUGACCACCACUUACAGCAGCGGGGAGAACUACGACCGAAAGAUUAUCACAACAGACCUGAGGCAUCGGUGUACAGACAGUCACACAGGGACGUCAGCCUCAGCUCCCAUGGCUGCUGCGAUAAUUGCUUUGGCCCUGGAGGCAAAUCCUCUGCUAUCAUGGAGAGACGUUCAGCAUAUCAUUGUGAAAACCUCUAGAGCCGGACACCUCAGCGCUCCUGACUGGAAGACGAAUGCUGCUGGUUACAAUGUCAGCCACCUGUAUGGUUUCGGCCUGAUGGAUGCCGAGGCGAUGGUGAAGGAGGCGGAGCGAUGGAAGCAAGUUCCCACUCAACAUGUUUGUGUGGAGAGUGCAGACCGACAAAUCAGAACCAUCCGUCCAGAGCACGUGGUUCGGUCCGUGUACAAGGCGACAGGAUGCACUGACAACCCCAACCAUCACGUGAUCUACCUGGAGCAUGUGGUCGUACGCAUCACGAUUACACACCCUCGCCGUGGGGACCUGUCAAUCAACCUGACUUCACCCUCAGGGACAAAGUCUCAGCUGCUUGCCAACAGGUUGUUUGAUCACUCCAUGGAGGGUUUUAAGAACUGGGAGUUUAUGACCACCCACUGCUGGGGAGAGAAGGCAGCUGGCGACUGGGUCCUAGAGAUCUAUGACUCACCUUCACAACUUCGCAGCCAGAAAGUGCCUGGCAAGCUAAAGGAGUGGUCACUGGUGCUGUAUGGCACCUCUGUGCACCCGUACUCAACUGGGCACAUAGAUAAGCCUCAGUUUGCAGACCUUGAUGAGGAAUUCCCAGAGGAGUACCCUGGCCCCUGUGACUCUGAAUGCAGUGAGAAUGGCUGUUGGGGUCCUGGACCCCACCACUGCAUUAACUGCCUUCAUUACUUCCUCAAGUUCAAGAACAACACCAGGAUGUGUGUAUCGGAGUGCCCCAGUGGAUUUUUCCGUGAUGAUAGGAAACGUUGCAAGAAGUGCUCCUCCUCUUGUGAGACCUGUGUUGGUAGUCGUAGUGACCAGUGCACCACAUGCAGGAGUGGUUUUAACCUCAUCGAGGGCUCCCACACGUGCGUCGCCAACUGUCCUGACGGCUUCUACCUCGACAGCGAUUCCAACAUUUUUAGGCGAUGUCAGGAGAACUGUAAGAAGUGUACAGCCUCCAAUAUCUGCACAGAAUGUAAACCUGGGAUGAGCCUUCAGGCAAACAAGUGUCAGAUGACCUGUGACGCCGGGACUUACUACAACGGCCACAGAAGGACCUGCGAACCAUGUCACCGGGCCUGUGCCACCUGCGCAGGCACAGGAGUCGAGGCGUGCACAAAGUGUGCGGACGGCUACUUACUUGAGGAUUGGCGGUGUGUUUUAACAUGCAGUCCUAGCUACUACCUGUCAGAGCAGACCUCAGACAACGGGCAGGUGCAGAGGUCCUGUAAGAAGUGUGACAGUAGCUGCUAUGAGUGCUUGGGGCCCGGGGAAAGAAACUGCAGCAGCUGCAACAGUGGUUACAAUCUGGAGGCAGGAGCCUGCGUGGUGAGCACCAUCUGCAAAGAUGCAAAUGAAGAAUCUUGGGCGGAAGGCAGCUUCUGCGUGCUCGUUAAAAAGAACAAUCUCUGCCAGAGGAAAGUGCUGCAACAACUGUGCUGCAGAACAUGCUCACAAAAGGGGUUCUUUGAUGAAGGACGCUGUGACACCCGCUGUCAGAAGGGCUGUUAUGCCGCGGGAAGACAAUGCCGCCUUUGUCACCACACCUGUCAGGAGUGUACUGAUGAGGGAGCUCAUAGCUGCACCACCUGUGACACAGAUAUGUUUGGCGUGGCCAGGUACCUCUUUCAGGGUCAGUGCCUGGAUGUCUGCCCAGAGGGGUUGUUCCAGUUUGAAGGCUCAGAAGGGAGACGGUGUGACGUGUGUCCGGCAUACUGCAUCAUCUGCACUGAAACAGAUCGCUGCCUCCAAUGCAGCCCAGGACACAAGCUCAGAAAUGGCCACUGCAUCCCACUGCAUUGCAGCACAGGUGAGGCCUCGGAUGCAGAGGAUGAAAAGUGUCUUCUUUGUGAUGACGGCUGCGCACAGUGUAAACGCAAUGAUUUGGGAGAUCAGGAGCAGGAAACUGUUUGCCUUAAAUGUGAAGAAGGUUACUACCAAUUAGGAGGCGAGUGCCAUCGGUCAUGUCCUUAUCGGACCUACAGUGUGGAAGAUGCCAUGGCGUGCGCUCCGUGUGAAGAUAAGCAAUGUGUAAUCUGUGACCAGUCCCAGUGCUACUGGUGUGAAGAUGGAUUUUAUGUCUCCGAUGGCGAGUGCGUGGAUCGUUGUGAAGAAGGUUCCUUUGUGAAUGAAAAAAGCCGGCAGUGCGAGCCUUGUCACCGCAGCUGUCGUAGCUGCCGAGGGCCACGGUACAAUGACUGUGACUCCUGCGAGGAUGGGUUUAUGCUGAGGAACGGAGAGUGUUUAGAGAGAAGCCAGCGUGCCUCUUCCCUUGAGAAACACUUCAAAAAAACUCAGUACAAACGUGAGGUGUGCCACCCCUCCUGUAAGACUUGCCUUGGUGGAGGGAAGGAGAACUGCACCACCUGCCCCCCAGACCAUUUUUUGACUGCUCGACACACUUGCGUGGCUCACUGUCCGUCUGGCAUGUUUGCCAACGUGGAGUCUGGCCAGUGUGAGGAGUGCUCACAAGGCUGUGUCAUGUGCCAGACUGCCAAUUUGUGCCAGCAGUGUCACAGUGGACUUUAUAUGGAAAACAGGAAGUGUGUGGUGGAGUGUCAGAGAGGGAUUCCUAAAGAUCUCGAAUGCCUGCCAUGUAGCACAGGGUGUGGAUCCUGUGUGGAAAGUAUCUUUCACUGUCUGAGCUGUGAGAGGCCGUACUUGCUGCUCAACAACUCCUGCGUGCUCCAGUGUCCUGAGGGUUAUUAUGCCAAUGAUACAGAAUGCUAUCACUGUCCAGCUCACUGCACUGAGUGCAAUCAGUAUGGCCUGUGCAAGAACUGUGCACCUUACUACUUUCUCCAUGAUGAUCAGUGUGUGGGUGAUUGUCCUGAUGGCUACUUUGAAAGUAUGAGCCAGCAGGAGUGUGUGCGUUGUCAUGAUGACUGUGCUUUGUGUGAUGGACCCGACAUAGAUGACUGCACUCUAUGUCAAAGUGACAAAAAUGUACGUUACAGUGGAGAAUGUCUUUCUGAGUGUCCCAGCCAAACGUAUUAUGAUGAGACCAGCAAAGAAUGCAAAGAUUGUCCCAGUUCAUGUCUGACCUGCUCAGGCUCUGAGCCUACAUCCUGUCUCACCUGUGCUGAAGGCAGGCAAAAGGAUGCCACUGGACAUUGUGUGUGGUACAGUGAAUGCUCCCCGAGCUCAUACAAGGACCAGAAUGGGAAGUGUCAACAGUGCCAUAAACACUGCCAUGGUUGUAAUGGGCCAGGCAAAGACCACUGCUUAAGCUGUAACAGCCCACACUUCUUACUACACAACACAUGCGUGCCGCAGUGUCCUGAGGGUUACUACGUUAAGGACCAGGAUGAGCGCUUGUGUGGGCGCUGCCACUUCAGCUGUAAGACGUGUACUGGCCACCACAGUGUGGAGUGUGUCACCUGUAAACCUGGAUUCUUCAAGCAGGGAGAGACCUGCGUCGAAACCUGCUCAGAGGGUCACUUUGGCAACACAGCCACCAUGGUGUGUGAGCGCUGUGACCCGUCCUGUAGCCAGUGUCAGGGUGGUGGUAGCGGAAACUGUCUGAGCUGCAGAAAGGGCUAUGUCUACAUGAAGCAGUGGGGCCAGUGCCUGCAGAGCUGCCCUCCAGGAUACUACCAAGUCAGUCAUUCCAUGAGCUGUCACAAGUGUCACCCUACCUGCAAGACCUGCAACGACAACAGCGCUUUAGCCUGUAAGUCCUGUUAUUUUGGCUACACGUUGAUGGCUACCAUGUGUACCGCCAAGUGUUCAAUAGGCUACUACGAUGCAUCAGAGGACUCAAAGUCAGAGAGCGAGAAACUCAAGUGCAGAGCGUGCCACCCGUCUUGUUUGGGCUGCCGAGGUCCCGGCAUAUGGAAAUGCACCAUGUGCCACGCGGGACAACUCCUCUCUGAUGAUGGCCGCUGCUUGACCUGUUGUGGAAAUGAGAUACGCCACAAAGAACAACAAAUCCCCAGGGAGUGCUGCAACUGCAAGUCAUCACAAUUCGAGUGCAUCUUGGAUGUCAACUUUGUGGUGCUGCAGGGGGAAGCUCAGAGCAGUGGAGCUAAAGUCUUUGCCUUCGUUUGUGUUCUCAUCAUCCUCUCUGUGGGCGGAGUGCUCUUUCUCAUCUUCAAUGCUCGGUCUAAAUCCCGUGCCGCGACACCCAAAACCAGAGCUGGAGGGUACCAGAAACUGAGCACCAAGGAAAACACUGCACCACAACCUGCCAGCUCUUCAUUUGGGGAGUACAACGACAGAAUUAUUGACGGUGACGAUGACGAAGAAGAGGAAGAUGAUGAUAUUGUGUACAUGACACAAGAUGGAACGGUGUAUAAGAAGUUCAAGUAUGGGCUCUUGGAUCAAGAUGACAUUGAACUAGAGUAUGAUGAUGAGAGCUACUCAUAUAGAUGAAGAGAGCGGACAGGGAUGGUUCUCCGUUUGAUGUUUAUUUUGCAACUUUGUUGUGCAAUGCCUUUUUUUGUAAAAGUAGAAACCG